GUUCCGGGGGAUGGCGAGGAAUUAUUUGCCCACCUGGUGAAACGGGGCACAGUAGACGCGGUGGCAUCAGAAGACAUGGACACUGCCCCUUUGGUGGCAACGUCCUGAUCCGUCAGCUCAAUGCCAAGAAAGACCGGCGAGUGUGCAGCUGUAUGAGUCCAUAACCAUGUCGAUAUGGCUGUGGGCUUCCCCAAUAGAAUAGGCUUUAGGCCUGGAUGGCAUUCCAAGCACUUUGUGGCAAAGUAUUCGUAAAAGAAGGCUAUACAAAUUAUAUUUAUUGAUUGUUAUUGAAAUGACUGAUGGCCGCUUCUCUCUGUCGAAUUCUUCCUCUCCUCACAGUGAAGUCAUUGCAUACUCUCUACCCAAGCUGCUAGACAUUCCGAAGAUUACACAUGAAGAGGUAAGACCACCCGAAGCUUUUGUAAUGAAUGAGUCAUAGGCCUUAAUUACAUGGUCAUAGGCCUUAAUUACAUGGUCAUAGGCCUUCAUUACAUGGUCAUAGACCUUAAUUACAUGGUCAUAGGCCUUCAUUACAUGGUCAUAAGCCUUAAUUACAUGGUCAUAGGCCUUCAUUACAUGGUCAUAAGCCUUAAUUACAUGGUCAUAGGCCUUCAUUACAUGGUCAUAGGCCUUCAUUACAUGGUCAUAGGCCUUAAUUACAUGGUCAUAGGCCUUAAUUACAUGGUCAUAGGCCUUCAUUACAUGGUCAUAGGCCUUAAUUACAUGGUCAUAGGCCUUCAUUACAUGGUCAUAAGCUUCAUGUAUAUAUAAGCACACUCUGUCAUUGUAUUGUAAGGCAUACAACAUCAUUAUGUACUUUUCUCUCAAGUAUGAUCUCACAACUAUUAUCCUCUCACAAUGCUCCCAGAGUCAUUAACACCUCUUCUCCUUAUCCUUCUAAUAUCUGUCAGUUUGUGGAUUUGUGUAUCUUGUUGGGCUGUUGACUACUGCGAUGAGAUUGCAGGCCUAAGAGAGCUCUGACUGAUCCAGCAGCACCGGACCAUAGAGAACCUAGUACUGAACAUCAACAGAAAGGUAUGUUUCCUCUCUGACCACUGCUCAUAUUACUACAAUGCAAUUGACUUGGAGAUUUUGGAGCCAAUGCGUUUGCAGAAGUCUUCUUUAUGAAUCCGGAUUAAACAUUCUAGUAAACCAAGGAAAUAAUCAAUGUCAUUUGUUACCACUCCACAUAUGAUGAACAUAAUAUUAACUAAUAAUUAUUUAAUUGUUCAACUCAGACCUCACCUCUUAUGCUAUGUCCCUGUCCAUGGACUGUACCUAGAAUAACACUCUCCAACCCCUCCUUCUCCAGCUCCACCCUUGUCCCACUGUUCUGGCAGUACCAGGACGCCCGCAAGCUGUUUCUGGAUGCCACCCUGACCGAGCCCUCGGACCUGACCUGGACUGAGCCAGAUGAGGAGGCCCUGGUCCAGUUUCUGUGCCAUGGAAAAACACGUCAAGUACUGUUCUGGUCCUGUAUGACCCCCUUUGGAAUUAGACCAGGGGUCGUAUGUAUCAAGCAUCCCAGAACAGGAGUGCUGAUCUAGGAUCAGGUCCUCCCUGUCCAUGUGAUCUUCUUCAUUGUGUUCUAAAAGCUAAAACUGAGACGCUUGAUACAAUGCGACCCCUGGUGUGCACAACUCUAAUCAUCUGGAUCUGCAGUGCAUGUUUUAUGUCCAGGCCUAGUCAUCUAAAAUGGUAGUAAUCCAUGUAUGUGUGAUAUGUAGGGAUCACAAGGUACGCGGUCGAAUGGCGAAGUUCCGUGAGACCAAUGGCGAAGUUCCGUGA